UCUCCAGACUCACAGAGACAAACAUUACUAUGUGAAUAUUCACACAAACACACAGUGGUGGUGAGGAGGUUGGCGCUUAACCCCUCCUGAUCCCUGAGUGUUUGUCUGGUCUCUUUCUUUUCACACAGUUAGAUUAUCUGACUCUGGAGGCUGAACACAGAUGUUUUACACCAUGUCAGCGGUGACCAGUCAGCCUCUUCCCUUUGGUCGACUGGAAAGAGAGAAGCAUAUCCAGAUGAUCUUCAGAGCUUUCCAGAACCACUGCGAGCCUUCAUGUGAAUGUGAGAGUCACUCACUUGGACCCAAACCUGACCGAAUGCCUCCUGACUGGAAAACUGAUGAGCAGCUUUCUGGUCGGGCGCCUGAAAGGGAAAUGGAGAAUGGCUACAUGCAGCCACCAGAGAAAGUGAACAGGCCAGGGGUGGAGGAGCAGAACCUUGGAGGCACAGACUUCAUGUCUGUUCUGGAAACAAUCAGUCAGAUUCAUAUUAGGGCAAGGCCAGACUUGCAAGGUCCACAGUGUGUUCCCAGGAGGAUCUACAGCAUCACCACAGGAGGCAGUAGGUCGCAGUUAUUUGUGGCUGUGGAGGAGAGUUCAUGUGUGUGUCUCCAGUGCUGCGGUCCAGCUCGGGCCUGUUCUUUGAAGGGCUUCGACUGCCAGGGCCGCCAGGUCUUUUAUUUUGAAAGGCCCCUCAGGGUGGACGCCUGCUGCCUUGGCUGCUGCCUGAUGGAGAUGAGGGCCUACACACCUCAGAAACACCUUAUUGGCACUGUAUGCCAGAGGUGGAGCAUGUUCACCCCUCUCUUGGAAGCCUGUGAUUCAGAAGGAGCAUCAACCAUCAGAAUCCAAGGCUCUUGCUGUCCGUGUCGCUGUUUCUCCAACCAGCAAUUUCAGAUUGUCUCAAACAUUGGUGAGAAAAUUGGCACGAUAUGGAAGAAAUGGCCCGGAUUCAAUGAUGAACACAACAUGGACCAUGAAUAUUUUGGGUUGGAUGUGCCACUGAGUAUGGAGUCACACAUUAAACUGCUGCUGCUGGCAGCCACUUUCUUGUUGGUAAGCAUAAGAAUUUCUCAUUCUUGUAGGAAGACUUAUUGUUGUUUUAUAAUAUAAUUAAAUCCACUGGAGUAAAAAGUAUUCAGAUACUUCACUUUAGUAGAGAUACUAAUACCACUAUGUGAAUAUAAUUUACUAAAAGUAAUCUCUUGCACUGAAAAUGCUACUUGAGUAGUAGUAUGUAGGACUUUUCUGUAAAAUGUACUUAAAUAUAAUAAAUACUCAUUGCAGAAAAAUAAGUUAUACUAUUAUAGAUAAACUACCAUCACUAAUUCCAUGUCCUAUUACUUAUUAUUUAUUUACUGUUGUAGUUGGUUUAGGUGGAACUAAUUUAAGCAUUUAGGAACAGUUUAAUCUAUAAUGCAUUAUAUUUCAUGCAUUAUUUUAUUUCAUAAUUCAUUGCAUCAUAUUUAGGUAAUCCUGUUAUGUAUAAAAAUUAAUCUAUGAUGUAACUAGAAGCUAUAGCUGUAAUACAUUUCCCUCUGAGCUGUUCUCGCUUAGAAGUCUUAAAUACUCAAAUUUGAACCCCAGUACUUUACUAAUGUCUUCACUGAUGAACUCACCUAUUCUGAUUAUUUCUCCACAGAAUCACAUGUUCUUUGAGAUGAGCUGAUUAGUAAAAAAGGCCCAACCAUUAGUAACAGGGAUGCCCUAAAUGGACAAUGGACAGAGGCACACCACCCAGGUCACACUUUUUGUGGCACAGGAGACUGCAGGAUGUGCACCAAGGCUCUUAUGGCAUCAACACCAAACUUCUAUUCAGUUUCAACAUCCAUUUAUGAAAGAAAGUGACACUGAACCACCUUUAGCAGCAGAUGCAUAUUUAACAUUUAUUGCUAUAAUCCAUCAGGUGUACAUCCAACAGUGUUUCUUCACUUUCGACACACACCUGCACCCAUCAUCACACUACUAAACACGGGCCGCUUUACAGUUUUUCAACAAACUAUAGGCGCUUUCUUAACAUGGUUCCAAAAAAUGUUCCCGAGGACAUAAUAAAAA